AUGAACGACUGCGAAAUAGACAAUCUCAAGUCUGAACUGGAGCACGAGAGGACUUGUAGGGAACAGGCGUCAUGGCAGAACAGCGAGCUGGAGAAGCAGAUCGUGUCAAUGCAAGAAGAGCUCCGCAGAAGCGAUUACCCGUGGGACAACGAUCUCGACCUAGAGAGGGAAAGUGUCCGACAUAAACACCUGCUUGAUACAAUCGAGCAGUUGAGGGAACAACUGCCCAUAUUGAAGGACAGGAUUAAGAACGCUAAAGUCUGCGGCCCUGAUUGCAAGUUGAAGCACGACGACCUGAACAUAAAUUUGGAUAUUUUGACCCCUGCCGAGUUGUUGCGGACAGUCAAGAGGUUUGAGAGACUCAAAACCGAUCUAAUAAGCACUCUGCGAAGCAAGGAAUGGCGUUUGGAUUCAGAAUCAAAGCUGUUUGUCCGCGUCAAUGACCAGAAGACGUAUCUUCAGAACGAGUUGAUGAUCUGCCAGAAUAACAUCGCGCGGCUGCAAAGGAACAACUGUUACUGGCAAAACGGUAUGCUGCGUAAGAACGACGAACGUGUGCUGGACCCUAGGCGUGCACCAAUCAAGAAAAUAUUUGGCGACCGCCUCCCGCCAAUCGCCACCAAAUGAUACCCGGGCUACUGCGGGUAUUAGGCACUUGUUUUAAUCCGACAUAAAAAAUGAAUUCUCAAUGACUAUAAUGGUUA